AUGCCGGUUAAGUGGACAAGCGAGAACGACCACAUUCUGCUCCUGAAAAUACUCGAGACACACAAUAUCACGGUCAACGCUGCUAAAAUAGCUGCUGCCUGGCGUAAGUCACUCUAUACAUGUACAGUACAUUCAUGGUACCGAGAAUACUGGCUAACUCUCGCAGCCGGUGACGCCGACUCCAAGCCCACUCCGCGGGCAAUCAGCGAACGUCUGUUCAAAUUGCGCCAUCUUAACGGCAGCACGAGUGGAAAGCUCACCGUCAGCAGCGUCGGCACUUCUUCUUCUGCUCCAUCCACACCGCGCAAGCCUCGUACACCCGCGCAGGCCGAGUCGAACGGAUCGCGCAAGCGGAAGCGUGUGUCGGAUGAAGACACAAUCGAGCCCGAUCCUGACGCAGAAGACAUUUCUGCUGAAGCUGCAGCGCCAGUCAAAAAGUCUUCCAGCCCUGCGAAGAGUGUUCAAGGCGUCAAGAAGGAAUUCGACGAGAUCCCUCUCGCAGACCUUGACAUGAUCGAACAGGAAUCUCCGUCAAAGCGUGUCCGGAAGCAGCCCCCACGACUGAACAUGGUCGUCUAUCAAGACGAGAGUGACGAGGGCAAUCUGAACAGCUCUGGAACAGAGUUCGUGCCAGAAGAGGGAGCCAGUCCUGUCGGUCAGGAGAACAAGAUCAAGGCGGAAGAUGACGACUGGGCGUAG